AUGGGAGCGCAAGCACUCAACCGCCGAUCUCCAGACCAGAAAUCUGGCAAAGUUAUCGGAGGAUUAGAAGAUUAUGACAACGGUGAGACUCCAAGAGUUUUGGCCUUGCUUGCUUCAAUGCUCGAAAAAUCCAUUCUGAAGAAUGAGAAGUUACUCAAGGGAUCAAAUAAGAAAGAAGUUGUGACGGUUUUCCACGGUUCACGAGUACCUGCACUGAGCAUUAGGCAGUACAUUGAGCGCAUCUUCAAGUAUGCAAACUGCAGCCCUUCUUGUUUUGUUGUUGCAUACAUUUACUUGGACAGAUUCCUCCAACAGACGAAAAGCUGCCUCACUUCUCUAAAUGUUCAUCGGCUUCUGAUUACCAGUUUCGUGUUAGCUGCAAAAUACGUCGAAGACGAGUGUUAUAACAAUGCGUAUUACGCAAAAGUUGGGGGAAUAACCACUUCGGAAAUGAACAAGCUGGAAAUGAAGCUGUUGGUUAAUUUAGAAUUUAGACUCCAUGUCGAUGUUCAAACGUUUGACGAUUUCUGUUUCCUGAUGGAGGAGGCUUCAGUAAAGUCUGAAAACCAAAGCGAAAAACCAUUUCGGUUUUGCGGAUUAAGGAAGGGAUUCACAGGUAAAGAUGGUUCAAGCUUCAGUCCAACAAUACAAGGAUAUUCUUGCAGGGCCAUCUAA